AUGUUGGAGCCUGGCAUUAGUAUUGACAAUAAUCUUGUGGCUUACAAUAAACAGGAUUUGCUCUUAUCUUCCAACAAACAACUCCAACCUAGUACAAAACAUUUGGUUCAUUUGGAUUGGAUGUCCAGGGAGGAUGGCUCUCAUAUGUUGACAAUUGGAAUUGGUACAAAGCUUCUCAUGUAUGGACAGGUUGCUAGAAAAGCCCAAGAAGCCUCUUGUAAAGAGAGUUUUGCAUUGCAGCUUUGGGAUACUGCCAAAAACACAGCUCAGCCGAGGUUUGUAUUGCUUCGAUGUGUAGAUCUUGUGUCUUCUGUGGAAGGCUCUCUUCCUUUACCAGUAUCUUUGUCUUGGGUUCGGGAUGGGAUUCUUGUUGUUGGAAUGGACUGUGAAAUGCAUGUCUACUCCCAAUGGCAGCCUUUUUCUAAGCAAGACUCUGCAAGCACAGAUUCCUACAAUGGAAGCACCCCAUCCAUCACAAACUUAGUAAAGCAAAGUCAUUCUGUUCCAUCUGGUCUGAAUCCACCAAAGAAAACUAUGACAAGGUCAAUGACUAGCUUAGCUCAAAAGCUUAUGGGCAAGAAAACUGCAUUUGAUCUUCCUGUGGAGAUGGAGGACUAUGGACUUUUUGAAGCUGCUCAUGCGUUAUUUCCAACUUUGCCGCAGUAUCAUCCAUUGCAGCUACUGGAAUUGAUGGAUCUUGGAAAAGUACGCAGAGCAAAGGCUAUAUUAUCUCAUCUAGUUAAAUGUAUUGCAGGGGAGGUUGUUGCAAUUAACGAUAAUGAAUCCAACCAUGAACGCAGGCUCCGUUCACUUUCAAUAAGUGCUAGUGGAAGUACUUCUCGAGACCCCAAAACUUUCAGCAAACCAGAAAGUGCUGACUACACAGAAAUUGAUUCUGUGCCUCCUCUACCAUUGUAUGCACUUCUUGCUGCAGAUGAGGACACAUCUUUCGUUUCCACAGUGGACAAAUCCAGCAAUCAAAACAAUUCCAACAAACAAAACGACAGCAGUACAAAUGCUGAGAACUAUGAUGAGCUUUUCCAAGUUCCAACAAUCAGCUCUGAGGAGCUUACAACCUUAGACUCUGAAGAUGAAAACACAAAACCACAAGUUAUAGACUUGUCACAGUACAGCCCCACUUAUUUUGGUCCUGAACAUUCCAAAGUGCUAUCUAAGCAUUUGCUUCAUUCUAGCUUACCUGGCAUGACCCGCAUAGAACAGAUGUCUCUGAUGGCUUUGGCAGAUACAAUUGCCACAACUAGUACAGAUAUAGGUGAAAGCAGAGAUCGCAGCCAAGGUGGUGAGACUCUUGAUGAAUGUGGACUGAAGUUUUUCCUAGCUGUUCGGCUUCAUACGUUUCUCACUACAUCCCUUCCACCAGCAUACCGAAUUCAGCUCUCGCAUCAAGGCCUGUCUACUAGCCAUUUUGCUUGGGCCUUCCAUUCUGUGGCAGAGGAAGAGCUGCUUUCCACACUGCCUCCUAUGCAGAAAGGAGACCCCACCUGGCCAGAGUUGAGGGCGAUGGGAGUGGGCUGGUGGGUGAGAAAUACAAACAACUUGCGCAAGUGUAUUGAGAAGGUUGCAAAGGCAGCUUUUCAACGUCAUAAUGAUCCCUUAGAUGCAGCAAUUUUUUACCUGGCAAUGAAGAAGAAAGCUGUAAUAUGGGGACUGUAUAGAUCUCAAAAAGAUGCAAAGAUGACUCAGUUUUUUGGGAAUAAUUUUAAUGAAGAAAGAUGGAGGACAGCAGCUCUGAAGAAUGCUUUCUCUCUGCUUGGGAAACAGCGUUUUGAGCAUUCCGCAGCAUUUUUCCUUCUGGCUGGAUCUCUGAAGGAUGCAGUGGAGGUUUGCCUUGAAAAGCUACAUGACAUUCAGCUUGCACUGGUGAUAUCAAGGCUGUAUGAGACUGAAUUUGAAAAAUCUUCAACAUAUAAAUCUAUUCUUCAAAAGAGAGUUCUGGGAAUAGAUUCACAUGCCCGAGAGCCCAGUCUCUCCAACAUGCAUUCAGACCCUUUUGUGAGGAGCAUGGCUUACUGGAUCUUGGAGGAAUACAAGCACGCUCUGGAUACCUUACUUAAGCAGCUAGUUAGGGAUGAAGAAGAUGAUUCUUGGAGCCUGUCUUCAAGUUGUGAUCCAUCAGUCUUCAAUUUCUAUAAUUUUUUAAGAUCGCAUCCCAUGUUAUUGAGACACCAUUUUGGCUCAUCAGAGUCGUCCUAUACCAAAAUGUGCCUGUCUAUGGAAAAUGGUUUGGCUGACAAAAUUAACCUAAGUGAAAGAAGGUUGUUUUUCACCACUGCACAUGCUCAUUUAAAAGCUGGAUGUCCAAUGCUAGCCCUUGAAGUAUUAUCCAAAAUGCCCAAAGUGGUGAAAAAAUCGAAGCCUCUACUUCGAACUUCAAGUCUGGCAGAUACUAGUAAAGUUUCCACACCUGUAUCUCCCUUACUUGGAGAAAAGAAAGACUCAGCUUGUGACUUUGACUGGUCAAGCUCCAUGGUCAAUGGUUUAUCUGACUUAUCCUCUGGGAAGCAAACACAUUCUGUCAAUUUGUUUGAUUGGAGCCAACCAUCAACGGUUAUUGAAGAUGAGCCCUUAGAAUUAAAGUGGGAUAGUGACACAGAUGAAGAAUCUUUGACAUCUGGGUUUUCAAUGAAGGAUGUGAAACCUUCACAAAGCACAGAAAACAAUAAACAAAUGAUGACCAGUGCAAGUUACUCAGAAUCCUGUAGCAUUGAUGAGAAUGAUUUUCUCAGUCCCACAGAAGAUGUGAUAGCUGCUCAGCUUAAGUUUCGAGCUUGCCUAAAGAUUCUUACUGGGGAGCUGCGAACAUUAUCCACGGGUUAUGAAGUUGAUGGUGGCAAACUGAGGUAUCAGCUGUAUAGCUGGCUGGAAAGAGCAGUUGUUGCUCUUCAAAAGAUUUGUGAUUAUUGUGUUAAUGUGGAUGAGCUGAGUUCUGUGGGAGCUGUUCAGUAUUCUUAUGAGGAUAGCUUGGAUGACUCUUUGGAUCAAGCUACAUCAAAGCAGAGGAAAGAACUCCUUGAAAGACGUCAGUGGCUGUUGAAAUUUCAAUCACUAUUAAGAAUGUUCCUGAGUUUUUGUGUACUUCAUGGCUCUCAUGGUGGUGGUUUGGCCUCUGUACGUAUGGAAUUAAUACUACUUUUGCAGGAGUCACAGCAGGAUAGCUCACUCCUCUCUAAUCCUCAGACAGAACAGACUUCCAUUCCACUCCUUUUUGCUUGCACAGCAAGUGCCAAAACUGUUGUAGCCAAUCCUUUACAACACCUGAGCAACUUAACGCAUGAUAUCUUACAUGCCAUAAUAAAUCUUGAUUCACCUCCUCAUCCCGAUAUCCAAAACAACAAGAUUUAUGUAAUGCAUACUCUGGCUGCAUCCCUUUCUGCCUGCAUAUAUCAGUGCCUUUGUGGAGGGCAAGCCAACAGUGCCUCCAUGCAGACCAAUCCAUUUACAGGUAUGGUGUACCAGAGUGUUCUGCUUAUUCACAGACAACCAAUAAGAACAACAAGUCUGGAUGAAGCAGUGAUGCCAAACACAUCUCCCACUCAUUGGCCAGGCAUAACUUCAUUAAUUCGCCUGCUGAAUUCUGCUGGAGAGGAAGCUCAGCCAGGACUCACUAUUCUGCUUUGUGAAAUUCUGACUGCUGUCUACUUGAGUUUGUUCAGUCAUGGACUAGCCACUCACUCCAGCCAGGAAUUAUUUUGUGUCGUUGCUCAUCCUCUAAAUGACAAGAUGUGGUCAGCAGUCUAUGGAGGAGGAGCACGAAUCCCAUGCAGAGGACAGAUGCCUGUUAAACCUGUCACAGGGAAAUACUUUUCUAUUCCCAGCCCUCAUCAGGUAGUUGUGUUCUCCAUGGAAUGUGUUGGCUUUUCCAAAGCCCUUACUGCCAUCAGUACUCAUAGCCCUCCCAGCCCUACAGUUGUGGUAUCCCCUCCCGUAGAGGAAAGUGACAAGAUUAAACGCAUCAAAUCUUCUUCAGUACUUCAGUCCAGAGAGAGUCCAUCUGCCUUUGCUUCACCAGUGUUGGAACAGGGUUCCUCGAUUUUCCGGGAAAAAUUCAUCCCUCCUGAGCUCAGCAUCUGGGAUUACUUUAUAGCCAAGCCGUUAUUGCCUUUUUCACAAAACAGGCUUGAGUAUGAUUCAGAGGAUAGUCAAGGAAGCGAUGAUGAGGAAGAAGAGGAUUAUGGCUCAUUAUCAGAAGUCCAAAUCCAGGAACACUCCAAUUCUAACUCAUAUAGCUGGGCUCUGAUGCGUCUUGCAAUGGUACAAUUUGUCCUUCAGAAUUUGAAAGGCUUUUACCCAUUGGCUGGACACGACCUUUCAGAUCUUCCUGUAGCCUCACCCCUCUGUCAUGCCACUCUCAAGACUUUACAGAGGUGGGAACAGGUACUCCUGCGAAGACUUGAAAUAUAUGGCGGUCCACCACAAGAUUUUAUUACCAUGCCAAGCACAGAGGAGGCUCUGUCUGCUGGACCUGCAAUCUUGAGGCACAAGGCAUUGUUGGAGCCAACAAAUACACCUUUCAAAUCCAAGCACACAAGUACCUUGCCAGUAAAGAGGCUUUGGCAGUAUUUAGUAAAACAAGAAGGCAUCCAGGAAACCUUUAUAAGGAAUAUUUUUACAAAGAAAAGAUCUUUGAAUGAGACAGAAACAGAUAUGGCUUCUUCAGGAGGAAGAGCAAGAAUAAUCCACAAAGAGUCUGACAUAAUUACUGCAUUUUCCGUAAAUAAGGCCAACAGAAAUUGCAUUGCUAUUGCUUCUAGCCACGAUAUCCAAGAACUUGAUGUGUCUGCAAUACUGGCUACCCAGAUUUACUCCUGGAUUGAUGAGGACUUUGAAACCGAAAAUAAAGGACCAGAUGACUUCUUGGUUGUACACACACGGGAUGACCUCACAGCUGUGCAGGGAUCCACUCCUUACACCCACAGUAACCCAGGCACCCCUAUCAAUAUGCCUUGGCUUGGAGGAAUUCAGACUGGAAGGGGUGCAUCUGUGAUGAUAAAGAGAACAAUCAAAGAGGUUCGAAGAAUGGCAUCACAUCCAACACUGCCUUACUAUCUUACCGGUGCUCAAGAUGGCAGUGUGAGAAUGUUUGAAUGGGGUCAUGCUCAACAGAUAACAUGCUUCCGGACAGGUGGGAAUUCCAGGGUAACACGGAUAAAGUUUAACCACCAGGGGAACAAGUUUGGAGUUGUUGAUGCUGAUGGGUUUAUCAGUCUGUAUCAGACCAACUGGAAGUAUAGUGCUGCUAGUGGAAGCCAGGCUAAGCCUUAUUUGACCUGGCAGUGCCAUAAUAAAACCACCAAUGACUUUGUGUUUAUAAGUUCCUCUUCCCUAAUAGCUACAGCUGGACAGUCAAGCGAUAACAGAAAUGUCUGUAUGUGGGAUACACUGGUAGCACCUGCAAACAGUUUAGUUCAUGCCUUUACUUGUCAUGACAGUGGAGCAACUGUGGUUGCUUAUGCUCCAAAGAAUCAGCUCCUAAUAUCUGGAGGCAGGAAAGGAUUCACAUGUUUGUUUGACUUGCGUCAGAGACAACAGAGGCAUGUUUUCCAGAGCCAUGAUUCUGCUGUGAAGGCCAUUGCUGUAGACACAACAGAGGAAUAUUUCAUUACAGGAUCUGCAGAAGGAAACAUUAAGAUCUGGAGCGUUACAAAUUUCACAUUGUUGCACACUUUCCUCAAUGAACAUGCAAGACAGUCCCUCUUCAGGAAUAUUGGAACAGGGGUGAUGCAGAUAGAGACAGGACCAGCCAACUACAUCUUUUCAUGUGGAGCUGAUGGCACUGUCAAAAUGAGAAUAUUACCGGAUCGUUUUAGUACAAUAAACAACCCUCUGAGAAACGAUGUCAAAUUUUUCCUUUGA